CAUAACAAUUAGCAAGAAACACUCGACUUCCUCAAAAUACCAACGCAUAUAAACAUACAAAAAUCUCUUUCGUCAAAUUUCCACAGAUUUAAUCUCUUCGAAUCCAUCACACAUUGAUGCGCAGUUAGAAUAAGAGCGAUAAAUUAGGCGUUACUUGUUUUGUUUCUCUAGGAAAUUCAAUUAAUCGGUUUAACAUAUUUUUUUACAGACUCUGAAACGACAUACAAUGACUUCGGCGGCGGCGAGUGUAGGGUUUUCAUCAAUCUAAAAUCCAACAAUUUUGAGGGUAUAGAUUUCCAGUUUCUCAAUUACAAUCCAGAAAAGUCCGCCUCACUAUAUUUUUAGUCAUUGAUAUACAUAUAUAUACAAGGACUGUUUCUGAUUUUUUGGGUAUUUUGCGUGUUGCUGGAUUGCUCAAACCCUAGGGAUUAUUUUGUGUUCAAUUGCUGGAUGGAAUUUAGGGUACAGGUUUGAUCAUCUAUGCUUAUAUCGCAUUCUUUCUGAGGGAUUGGGGUUAAAUUUAGUGCGGUUUGUUAAUUUACUUGCUGCUGAGAUGCUUGGGUGUUGUUGGCUUGAAUAUUUUUCAGUUUCAAGGCCUAUAUAAGCUGUUACUCGAGCCUUUUUUCUGCAGUUGAGAGGUGUAUAAGUUUGUUUUUUUUUUCUGACUGAUUGAGUGGAACAGCUCUUGAUUGACUAGUAUAUUGGAUAGAGAAAAGGCCGAGUUCCCCGGAUUGUGUGUGUCAGAUUUAAUUGAGUACAUGUGUCCUUUCGGAUUAAAUUCAUGAUUUUUUGAAUUCCUUGUUGGCAUUCUUGCUGAUGAGUACCAGAGAAGGCAAUUAGGUAGUUAGGUGGAGAUUAAUCAAAAGGGAUUUAAGGUGAAGGGAAUUUAUUAGCAUAGAGAUUAGUCCUAACUUUUUUGACAAUGGCCGUUUGAUUUUUGUCCGGGAGUUGUAGCCUGGUAAUAACUGGCAGUGGGAUCGAAAUUGGAUGCGUAGUCAUUACGGAAGUAAUGUUUAGUGCUAGUUAUGGAAAAAAGUGAACCCACUUUUGUACCAGAAUGGUUGAAAAAUGCAAGUCCAAAUGGUGCCAGCUCGGUAUCAAAUUCAGAUGAUCAAACCUCAUUGAAGCUUGCAAGAAAUAAGUCAUUUGUGAAUAGUAAUGGUCGUGAUUUUGGACGAUCUUUUAGUUCUGACAGAACUACCUCUUCAUAUUUUCGCCGAAGUUCUAGUAGUAAUGGUUCUGGUCAUCUGGGGUCGCAUAGUGGUUUUGGCAAGCAACAUAAUAGGGAUUGGGCGAGGAGUACAUAUCAUUUUCGUGAUAGGAAAAACUCACUCAUGGGAGACCGGUGGCGGCGGGACUCAUCAGAUAGAUCAGGAGCCACCUUGUUAAGUACAUAUGAGAGGGAUGGGUUCAGGCGUUCUCAUUCAAUGGUUUCUAGAAACAAUGUAGAUACAUGGCACAGGAAGGCUAUAACUGAUUCAAGCACUAGUUUUGGAACUAAGGCUGAAGAAAGAACAGUUAUGCCUGAGGUUGGAAGAGUCCCAUCACCUAGUUUGAGUUCUGCAAUUCAGGGCUUACCUUUAGGCUCCUCCUCAACUGUUGUCAGUGGUGAGAAAUGGACUUCGGCUUUGGCUGAAGUUCCUGUUCUAGUUGGAAGUAAUAGUAAUGGCAUCUCUCCCAUGUGGCAGGAAGCUACACCAAGUUCUACAUUUGUGGCUUUGGGCUCAAGCACCAGUCUCAAUAUGGCAGAAGCAGUAGCUCAGGCUCCUAAUCGUGGUCAAACUACUCCAUCGUUAUCUGUGGAAACUCAGAGACUUGAAGAACUCGCUAUCAAACAAGCUAGGCAAUUAAUUCCUGUGAUGCCGUCAACGCCUAAAUCUUUGGCCUGGAGUUCUUCAGAUAAACAGAAACAUAAGGUUGUUGGGCCUGUGAAAGGUGAUGUUUUAAAAGCAUCAAAUGCGGGGAAGCUCCACAUUCUCAAGUCAGUGCAUGAAAAGAAUGGCACUGCUCCUGCUAUGAAGGAUGCCUUGGGCCCAACAAGAAGUAGCAAACUUGUGAGUUCUACACUUGCUGCUCCUGCUGUUUCUGGAUCCACAGUAACUAGGGGUUCAACAAACAACCCAGUCAACGCCCGCAAGCCUUUAUUUACUGUGCUGGAGAAGAAACCCACUUCCCAAACUCAGAGCCGAAAGGCAUUUUUCAACUCAAUGAGGAAGAAAUCUGUGGAGGAUUCUUCUUCUACUGCUGAUUCGCCAACAGCAAACUCCUCAUCCAUGCAGGAGAUUAGUAAUGCAAUUUCACCAUCCUCUUCUGAUAAGGAUGUUGUGUGUGCUAAUGCUUCUCAGGCUGGUGAAACUUCCUUAGAUGAAAGCUUAGGUGCGGAGAACUUGUCGGAGAUCACAGGUGACAGAGAGGAAAAGGAUGAUGCUUGUCAUGUGCACCCUAGCUUGGACCUUAUAUUCCCAGUGGAGAAAGAGACUGCACUCUUACGUUCUUUGGGAUGGGAGGAAAAUGCCGAGGAUGAUGAGGGUGGUCUUACUGAAGAAGAAAUCAGUGCUUUCAUUAAGGAUAUUACCAAGCACAUCAGUUCAAAUCCAUCCUACAAAAUCUUGAAAGUAGCACUGCCAAAAACCUUUCUGUUUAACUCGCAUAUUGGGGGCAUUUCUGCUGGAUUGAGUUCUUCCGACACUAAGCUGGAAUCUUGAGGUGCUGGUUUCUACUUAGAUCUUUGUUUUGUGGAGGCCCUUUUUCUUUCUUGCUUCGAUUGUGGAAAAAGUACGGUGCUGGCGACACAAUGUAGAGUGCGUUUGUAGUUUUGGUGUUUCGUGGAAGUCGGAUAGGAAUAAUCUACUGAUGAUUAUUGAUUCUAGUGACCGUUGCUCUUUUGGUGGGGAUUAGAGUUUUUCAUAAGGUCAAAAAAAGAUUUUAGUGAAGAGAAUAGAAAUACUUGCAUUGGUCUUAACAGUGUUUGCCUUAUGCAAAAUAGGGUAAUAUUUUGAACAAUUGAUAUAUUAUUUCUUUUGUUUGGGGGAAAAAUGAAUCUUCUCCCGGUUUA